UUCUAACAACAUGGCGAACAUUCGUUAAAACCAUCACAAUUUGUUAUGAGUCGUGGAAUUUUGUUUGUUACUGAAAGUAAAGUUGUUGAGUGAAUUGUAAAGGCAAUUUGAAUGAUCUAGACCUGAUUUUCACCCGAAACAAAGAUUUUGUAGCUUCUAAAUAUACGUGUCUUCGCAGCCAUAAAGAAAAACUCGUUUGAAAAAAAUAAGCAAAGAAAUAACCGAUAACCCACGUCAGGAAGAUCAAUGAACUAUUAAGUGGAUUUUUGGAUAAUUUACAAUGCCCCGUCGGGUUCAUGAAGCUGAAGUAAGAUUACCUCCAAAAAAGUUGAAGGUGAUCGAAGAACCACCUAGUUUGGAUGUCAGUUUCUGUGACGACGAAGCCUUACCACCGGGUAUUGUUUUCACGGAUGUCUUGCAAAAGAAGUGGCGUAUUGGGAAGCCCAUAGGAAGAGGCAGCUUUGGUAGGAUAUACUUAGCUUCGGAUGAGACGGACAAAGAAGUAACAAAAUUGAAUGCCCGAUAUGUAGUAAAAAUAGAACCACACAGCAAUGGACCUUUAUUUGUUGAAAUACAUUGUCUGAUUAGAACUGCACAGGUUUCAAAAGUUAAGGCCUGGUGUCAGCAAAACAAACAAAAACGGUUAGGUAUGCCACUCUAUAUUGCGAGCGGAUCAUUCACAGAUGAAAAUACUAAUGUAAAAUACAGAUUCUUAGUGCUGCCUCGCUAUGAAGUUGAUUUGCAGAAAAUAAUUUCAAGAACGAAGAUUUUAGAUAAAAGAAAUGUUCUCAUAAUAGCUUUACAAAUACUUGAUGUUUUGGAGUAUUUGCAUAAUCAAGGUUACACACAUUCAGACAUCAAGAGUUCAAAUCUUAUGCUUGGUUUUGAUGGUAAUAAAUAUAAUAAAAUGCCAAAACCUCCACCAUCCUAUCAGAAAGAUAAUAAACAACUUGUGUUAUUAUCAAGGAAACAUAAGAAAACUAAAACAAACAAAUCUAGAACGUCAAAUUAUUAUGACGAUGAAGACUUUAUUGUCCGAGACUAUAGAUCAUCUUGGGAAGAGCAAGAGGAUAAUGAUAAAAGACUGGCCAAUGUUAAAAAGAAAUUGAGGAAAAUACUGUCAGAUAAAGACAGUAGGACUUUGCAUCGUCAUCAUGCAUUUAACCUCAGACAAUUGUCUAAUUAUGUAAACUACGAAGAUUUAAAUAGCUCUGUAUGUUCCGACCAAUCUUAUCAGAAACUUCUAGAUGAUUUUGGUAAUAAAAAUAUUAUUUAUGCCUCAAGAAAAAUACAUGAGCUAAAUGGAAUGAAUAUUAAGGAAAUAAAUGAUGUAGAUCUAGAUGAAAUUCACAAAGAGGCAGUUCUUGCUCAAUCUAAUGGACAAGUGUAUUUGUUGGACUAUGGUCUUGCAUCAAAAUUUCUUGAUUCAAAUGGUAACCAUAAAGACUUUGGAAUGGAUGCAAGGAAAGCGCAUGAUGGUACUUUAGAAUACAGCUCAAGAGAUUCUCACAUUGGUGCACAUUCUAGACGUUCUGACUUAGAAACUUUGGGAUAUAAUUUAUUAGACUGGCUCACAGGUACUCUGCCUUGGAAAACAACAGAAGUUUUGGCAGAACCUGACUUAGUUCAUGUUCUCAAGAAAAAUUUCAUGAGCAACAUUAAAUUGUUAUUGAAAACUUGCUUUAAAACUGAAUUUUAUCCUCAGUUUAUGGAGAAAUAUUUGCAAUAUGUUACUAGUCUUGAUUUCACGGACAAACCAGAUUAUGACUACUGUAGAAGCUUAUUCAGAAGUGAAUUGUUGAAAAAUGGUUGUCCUUUUGAUAAAGAUUUAUCAGUUAACUUUGCUGAACCACCUAUGUCGCCGUUGAGUCGAAAAUUGUGUUAUGCCAAGAGAUUUGCCAAGAAAAAUACUCCAACAGACUUUUUAGCCAGAAAUGGUAUCAAAAAGGCUUAUGAAAGGGAAAACAUUUGCUCUUUUGAAAAUGACCUAAAAUUGGAACUGUUAAAACAAACCCUAAAUACGUCUAGUGAGGGACUUCGGAAACCUUGCUCUUCUAGAAACUUCUUUAUAUCUGAUGCAGACUUAGUCGCUCGUUUAAAGAAAUCUCUCAUGCCACAUGACAUUUUCGGCAAGAAACUUUCGCCGAAGAAUUUACGGUCAAAGAAAAAGAACAUAACAAAACGCAAAGGCGUUAGACGACAUAGAAACAGUAUCGGAAAAUUUGGUAAAUUUAUGGGCUCAGACCGACAAUUUACUUGGGCGGAAAUAUUAGCGGGUAAUCCAGAACACAUAAUACGCAAGGAACGGAAUCCUACCACUAUUGAUAACAAUGAAGACGACGACGAUUCUACUUGCAAAUAUAGAAUAAGGAAAAUCUCUAAUGCCUCAUCAGAGGUCUCUGAAUCUAAUUCACAGUCACUCUUAUUACAAAAAGAUUAUUUUCAAAACACAAUUCCUACGUAUGCUAUGAAAGAAGUUGUAGCAAACUUAAAGAAAAGAAUAAAUGGCAAAUUUACAAAAGAAUUAGAAGAAUCCAAUCCAGCCUUUGAAGGUUACACACCAGCGAUGAUAAAAGUAUAUAAAAUGAAAGAAAAAAGAGAAUCAAAAGAAAAACUUGAGGCAGUUAAAAAACAAAAUGUAGAGAAAGAAAUUCCUACUAUUAGAUGUACUAGAUCAAUGGCUAAUAAGGCUAAACAAACCAAACCUAAACAAAAUAAAUCAAAAGAAAAAACAUCAAAUGUCAAUCAAGAAAUAAUAAGUGAUGUUAUUGAAAAUAAAACACAAAAGUCCCCAAAAAUUACUAAAAAAAACAAAAAGAGUACAAGAAAUUCUACGAGUGAAGUAAAACAAGUAGAAACUCCAAAAAUUACAACUAAAGUCGUAAAAAAAACAGCAAGAAAGACCCUAGUACCGAACAAUAGGAGAAGAUUAAGGAGCAGCAUACGUAAAAAACAGUAGUAUAAGUCGAAGUGAACAUAAUACUUGUUAUUCAGAGUUCAAAAUUUGAUUAAAUAUUAAUAGAAUAAGCUUUAAAAAAAAACUUGCAUUUUUAAAUUUAAAAAAUGAUCUGUGAAAUAUAUUUUUUGUUGGUAACAUUAGAUAAAUCAUUUGGGGAAUUUAAAUGAUUAUUGUGUAAUUAUUAUUCUUUACAGAUUUAAGACUGUUUUAAGUACACUCAACUCAUCCCAUUUUUUUGUUUAAGUUAUACAUUCUACCUUCAAGAUUUAUUAUUAGAAGUUGUGAAAUGCCAUUAUUUUUAUAUAUUUUUGUGAUUUCCUAUAAUACUUAAGAUCAAUAAAUCAUCUGUUUUCAA